CACCUCUUCAUUUCCCGGGGUUCAUUCAGAAACUAUUUCUAAAGCCGGUCCAAAAUCAGAAUCGGAGCGGAAACUAAAGUGCAUCAAAAGGCAUGUCGUCACAACAAACGAACGAUCCACGUCAACCGUCAACGGCGAAGCCGUAUAAGCAACCGCCGGUAGCUCCACAAGAUCUUCCUAUUGAUUAUUCCGGUUUCAUCGCCGUCAUUUUCGGUGUCUUUGGUGCCAUGUUUAGAUACAAGGUCUGCUCGUGGCUUGCUAUAAUAUUCAGUGCUCAAUCCCUUGCUAACAUGAGGAAUAUGGAAAAUGAUCUUAAGCAGAUCUCAAUGGCCAUGAUGUUUGGUAUUAUGGGUCUAAUGACAAACUACUUGGGUGUUGGUCCCCGGGGAAGCAAGAAAACUUGAUGGAAUUGUUUAUGGCACAAGUUCAUUUAUAAGGACAUUGAUGUCGAACGUGCGCAUGUCUUCCGGAAACUUUUGGAUUGUUUUGAUGAUUUUGUAAUUUUGAGCUCUUUUUAUAGGGCUAUUCUGUUCUAACUUCUAAUUGCUCUUGGCAAAAACUAAACAAAAUUAUUACUUUCGUGAUAUAACAUUAUGUUAGCAUAUGCCAAGGGUAAAAAAAGUUCCGUUAGGCAAGACCAAUAUUUGUUUCCUAUUUCUCUAUUGGUCUAACUUCCGCUGUAAUAUUAAUGUAGGAAGGACUAAAAGAUUGGCUCCUCUCCA